AUGGUGGCUGUGAUGCACCACGUGAUAGCUCGCGGUGCGUUUCAACUAAGUUUCCUCGUCGUGGAGGCCUCUGGCCCAUUGGGCCAGACACAGACUCACAUGGUCUUCCUUCCUCUAGACCCUCAUUCUUUCAACAUAAAUACAGUCACAAGUCAAGGCCCAACGCUAGCAUCUCAAGCAACAUGCCACCAUCUCUCGAAGAAUCGCAAACUCCCAACCUACCAAGAUCCUCUCAGCCAUCAAUGUAUCAAGUUCAAACUUGGAGGAAGAAGUGGUCGUGUUGAGGGGCACCUGAGCCAAGCAUCGGGUGUUCAAACAGAUGGGGCAUGCACUUUCCCAUGUGACGUUGCCCUUUAAUAGUGUCCGAGGUAUCGUGGAUGAGAAGGUCCAACAAAGUGAGGUGAUUCUCUCAUAUGUUGUGGGGUUGCACUGACAUUCUUUUUCCUAGUAGUAUUUUCAAGAUUGGAAAGACUCGAAUUUCCAGUUCCUUCCCAACGACAGCUCUGGAAAGCAAUUGGCAGUGAAGAAGGGGGAGUGGGGGAGAAAAAUUCGAGCCCAUCUAUAUAAACAGGCACAGCAUUAAACGUAUAUACGCACCUGUAUUCUCUUUAUGGUAGUAAUAAAUAUGCUAU